ACGUCAUAUAUAAACGACGACCGUGAAUGUUCGGUUAUUUUGCUUCUCAUCUAGCUAGCUGGAUAGCUAACCAGCUUGUGAAUUUUGGGAAAAUGGCUGAAUCGUUUGAAGAACGUCUCGUAAAAGCUGUCAAAGAGCAUACACACUUGUAUGAUACUUCAAUGCGUUUACAUUUCGACAAAGAGGCUCUCGAACACAGUUGGCGCGAAAUUGCUACAUAUUUAAACUCCGAUCCAGAUACUUGCAGGAAGAAAUGGAGACUUGCAAGGGACCGUCAUGUGAGAGCACUGAAAAAGUCUAAGGACAUGCCAGAGGGUGUACCGAGGCCUGGAAGCCUGAGUUGGCUCACCAUUUUUAUAAAACAUCGGCAAACCAACCCAAACUUUCCCGAGAUCUCAGCAGACAGAGUUGAGAGUCCUAAUGACAACCUGGAUCAGACUCCCUUGUUUUCAGACCAGGCAGGUCCACUGUUCCCUUUAUCAUCUUUCCGUCUCCUGGUUCCACCUCUACGACUGAUGUCAGCUUUCAUGUGGCAAGUGGCUCAAGAGCGUAAUGUGAUGCACUAUGGGAAGCUGGAGGAGUUUGUGACUUUGGUGACAGAGAUGGUUCCAGAGCUGCUGAGCUCCAGGCAGAGGACCCAACUCAUCCUGGGUCUGAGAGCAAGGAUGGUUUUAGAGUUGUUUCGUAAUGAAAACCCACCGGACCCCCAGACCAUCCAACUUAAUUUGGACAGAAUCAAAACUUCUUCAGUACAUGCUGUGCACAAGGAUUCACAGAGUAGAAAUGAGUUGGAGUCUUCAGAGUCUAACUUCGUGGAGCUGGUCAAAACCCUGCUAGAAGACCCUUCUGAGAAGAAGCACUUCUUCCAGGUGGUGUUCCCAAUACGUUAUGGCCCUCGGUAUGACACAGCACUGCAGAUACUGAUGUGGGAGUUUCUCUCCCGACUGGAGGAGCUGCUGCCUGUACCAGACCUCACAGAGACAGCAUCUUGUCUCAGCCUUGCCCCCUCUGACCUGGAGGAGUUCUGGCAUUCUGUCUCUGACCCCGACCACCUGAAGACACUGCUGCAGCAUCAUAGACAUCUGGGUCACUUGAGCAAAAAUGAAUUCUCCAACCAGGUCGCAGACAACAUCUUAUCCACAUUGUCAAUUCCUCAAAUUCAUGGCCUGAAGUCAAGCCUUGAUGGACAUGAAGGCAUGAAAGGGAGCACAGAGGGGUGGAAGAUCAACAGAGAGGAAGGAGAGUUGCAUUUUGAAAAGAACUUGGAUGAUGAUGGAAGUGAGAGAAAUGAAGACACUGAGAGGGGAUUGAAGGAUGAGGAUGACGCAAAGUGGACCUCCCCUCUGAGUGAACCAGAGGACUCGGAUGAACCGGCUAGUGACAUGCCCUCCCAGGUCUUCUCCUGCCCCCAGUGCCCAUUCUCCCACAGGGAAAUGGUGGACCUUCAUCAGCACAUCAGGAAGGAACAUCUAACAGAGGAGGACAGCAGGAGCCUGGACUCUGGAGGAGCUGAGAACUCACUGCCAUCCAGUCAAACAGCCAAGAGCUCCUCAGCCAAGAGCUCCUCAGCCAAGAGCUCCUCAGCCAAGAGCUCCUCAGCCAAGAGAAUUAAUAAGAACACCUGCAAACAGUGUGGGAAGGGUUUCAGAUGCACAACUGACCUGAAACGACACCAAAGUGUUCACACCAAUGUGCAGCCGUUCCGGUGCAACCAGUGUGAGAAGAGAUUCAAAUCGGAGAGAUAUCUACAACUGCACAAGAAAAGUCACGACGUAGAACCGAUGCACAGGCCUAUUUGCCAGCACUGUGGCAAGAGUUACACUAGUGCAGCUGUCCUCAAAAUACACAUACGUACCCACACCGGUGAGCGGCCUUACUCCUGCUCAGUCUGUGGGAAGAAGUUCAAUCAAAAGCACACAUUAGUUAGACACCUCCGGAUGCACAAAGGAGAGAGACCAUACCUGUGUAGCGUAUGCGGGAAGGCUUUCUUUGUUUCCGGGGAACUCUUAGUGCACAUGCGUUUUCACACAGGGGAACGGCCUUACCGCUGUAAACCGUGUGGAAAGGCUUUCAGCACGUCAUGCGCUCUCACGUCGCAUAAGCGAUGGCACUCAAACGAGCGCCCAUUCACCUGCUCCCUGUGUUCAAAGGGCUUUGCGGAAACUGGUGGCCUUAAAAGACACAUGUUUAUUCAUACUGAGGAGAAGCCCCAUUACUGCCACACGUGUGGGAAAGGAUUUAGUCAGUUGAGCAACAUGAGAAUACAUUUGAAAACUCAUAAAAAAUAAUGUCAUUGGCUCUUUGUCAGACUAAUGGAAUUUUUAACUAGUGUAAUGUUUAUUUCUCCUUGAGCUCAAAGCCAAAAGUAAGGAAAAAAUGAAAUUGUAUUAUAGGUAAUGUACAUCGUCCUGACAAAGUAUCCAUUCUGUUAUUUUCCCCUUGGUAAUGUGAUCUGUUAAGGAACUUUGGGCACAGACUUCACAAUGACACUGAGGUUUUACUUAGUGCACUGCCAACUGCACUGUACUCUGUGAGCACAGUAGGGUUAACAUGGUGUAAGGAUCACACGUAGUUCGUGUUGGCCGUUCUGUACCUGAAGUAAUGAGAAGUUUUGACUGCAACUAUCAAGUUGUCUUUUUAAUAAUCAUUCAUGUGUUUUGGGGCAAGCUCCUGAUAUAUGUUGGAACAGAGUCCUCCCUUUUCUCCUGCAUAGUCACCUGUUCACGUGUCCUUGUCUGAGACAUUUUUAUUUUCAGUCAGGCACCUGAUUCCCUUCUGGUUCGUGCUGGGAUGAAGUGCAAUUAGGUACACUUUGUUUCCAUUGUAAUCCUUCUGGUGGUCCUUCUGUAGCUCAGUUGGUAGAGCAUGGCGCUUGUAACGCCAGGGUAGUGGGUUCGACUCCCGGGACCACCCAUACGUAGAAUGUAUGCACACAUUACUGUAAGUCGCUUUGGAUAAAAGCGUCUGCUAAAUGGCAUAUAUUAUAUAUAUAUUAUUAUAAUCAGACCUGGGUUCAAAUACUAUUUCAAACAUCUCAACAUUCACCUACAGUGGGGGGGUAUUUAGUCAGCCACCAAUUGUGCAAGUUCUCCCACUUAAAAAGAUUAGAGAGGCCUGUAAUUUUCAUCAUAGGUACACUUCAACUAUGACAGACAAAAUGAGAGAGGAAAAAAUCCAGAAAAUCACAUUGUAUGUUUUUUUUUAAAUUAAUUUAUUUGCAAAUUAUGGUGGAAAAUAAGUAUUUGGUCACCUACAAACAAGCAAGAUUUCUGGCUCUCACAGACCUGUAACUUCUUCUUUAAGAGGCUCCUCUGUCCUCCACUCGUUACCUGUAUUAAUGGCAUCUGUUUGAACUUGUUAUCAGUAUAAAAGACACCUGUCCACAACCUCAAACAGUCACACUCCAAACUCCACUAUGGCCAAGACCAAAGAGCUGUCAAAGGACACCAGAAACAAAAUUGUAGACCUGCACCAGGCUGGGAAGACUGAAUCUGCAAUAGGUAAGCAGCUUGGUUUGUAGAAAUCAACUGUGGGAGCAAUUAUUAGGAAAUGGAAGAUAUACAAGACCACUGAUAAUCUCCCUCGAUCUGGGGCUCCACGCAAGAUCUCACCCCGUGGGGUCAAAAUUAUCACAAGAACGGUGAGCAAAAAUCCCAGAACCACAUGGGGGGACCUAGUGAAUGACCUGCAGAGAGCUGGGACCAAAGUAACAAAGCCUACCAUCAGUAACACACUACGCCGCCAGGGACUCAAAUCCUGCCGUGCCAGACGUGUCCCCCUGCUUAAGCCAGUACAUGUCCAGGCCCGUCUGAAGUUUGCUAGAGAGCAUUUGGAUGAUCCAGAAGAAGAUUGGGAGAAUGUCAUAUGGUCAGAUGAAACCAAAAUAUAACUUUUUGGUUAAAACUUGACUUGUUGUGUUUGGAGGACAAAGAAUGCUGAGUUGCAUCCAAAGAACACCAUACCUACUGUGAAGCAUGGGGGUGGAAACAUCAUGCUUUGGGGCUGUUUUUCUGCAAAGGGACCAGGACGACUGAUCUGUGUAAAGGAAAGAAUGAAUGGGGCCAUGUAUCAUAAGAUUGAGUGAAAACCUCAUUCCAUCAGCAAGGGCAUUGAAGAUGAAACAUGGCUGGGUCUUUCAGCAUGACAAUGAUCCCAAACACACCGCCUGGGCAACGAAGGAGUGGCUUUGUAAGAAGCAUUUCAAGGUCCUGGAGUGGCCUAACCAGUCUCCAGAUCUCAACCCCAUAGAAAAUCUUUGGAGGGAGUUGAAAGUCUGUGUUGCCCAGCAACAGCCCCAAAACAUCACUGCUCUAGAGGAGAUCUGCAUGGAGGAAUGGGCCAAAAUACCAGCAACAGUGUGUGAAAACCUUGUGAAGACUUACAGAAAACGUUUGACCUCUGUCAUUGCCAACAAAGGGUAUAUAACAAAGUAUUGAGAUACUUAUUUUCCACCAUAAUUGCAAAUAGAUUCAUUAAAAAUCUACAAUGUGAUUUUCUAGAUUUUUUUUCUCAUUUUGUCUGUCAUAGUUGAAGUGUACCUAUGAUGAAAAUUACAGGCCUCAUCUUUUUAAGUGGGAGAACUUGCACAAUUGGUGGCUGACUAAAUACUUUUUUCCCCCACUGUACAUUGUCCAAGUAAGUAUUCCGAUAUAUUUUAUUUCAAAAGACAAGUUGAAUAUUUUUAUGUAUUUGAAAAUACUCAUACACUCCCAUGCAUUUAACCCAGGUUUUUGAAAAUAGUAUUUAAAAUAAGUGUUUGAAAAUACACGUACUACUUGGUUUUUACAAAUAGCCAUUCAAAUAGAAGUACUUGUUUGGGGCUUGUAUUUGAACAUUCUCAAAUACACUGAAAAAUGUAUUUUAAAUACCAGAUAUCCAAAUGCAUAUUUGAACCCAGGUCUGAUUGUAAUAAAUAAUCACUCAGUAAUUGUCUGUGGUGACUCAAUCAUUUGUAAAUUAACUAAUACUACAGCAUGUGUAUGAUAUAUGUAUAUUAUUAUGUACAUGAUGCUACAUUUAUUAUCUGUCAAACGCUGUUUAAGUGUGGGAAAGGAAUUACUCGGAUGAGCAACAUGAGACUUUUUGAAAACUUGUAAGAAAUAAACUCAUUGGAUCUUU